AGAAGCAUAUUUUUAUAGUUUUACUUUGAAAGUUGAUGAUAUAAAUAAUAAUUGUGUUGGUAUUAAAGAAAAUAUAAUUGCUUUAGUGAAAAACAUAGUGUACAAUAAUAAAACUAAACAAUAUUUUUUAAUUGGAAAAGAGUAUUUGGAAAAACGAGACUUAUAUACUGUACCAUGUCGAUCCUCACUUUUGAAUAUAUUUGAAGUAAAUAAUUUGUCUAAUAAUUAUAAAAUGUGGCCAGUAAGCUCAGUAAUGUGUAAAUAUUUUUCUUACAACAUACCUGAUACUAAUUCAACAGCUGCGUUUCCUAUACUCCACACCGACAAAACUGAACAUUAAUAAAAUAUUUAAUAAUUUGUCAUUGUACACAUUAAUAUCUACUUACAUUCAUUUUAUACAUAUUACCUAACUUUAUUUUAUCCAACACUUUGUAAAAACCUCUAUAAUCUAAAUAUUUCUUUAUUCUUUAUUCCUUACUCCUUAUUCAAUAAUAUACAGUUGUAAAAGAAAGAUGGAUAAUAAAUCAUAUUACGUUAUACAUUUCUGUAUUAAUAAAUUUCAAGUAGUUGAAUUCCUUGAUGGUGUCCAAGUAGUUCCAAUUAGAUGGCUGUCAGAAGAUAAAAAAAAAUGUGUAUUCCCUGUUCAUGUAAAUAACCAAAAUCAGUAUAAUAAAAUGGUGGCUACAAUGAGUUCACCUAAAGAGUCUUGGCAAAGCUGGGAUGUACUAAAAGUUAUUGGGUCAAGUGAUAAUUUUGAAAAAGCUAAUAAAAAAAUGAGUGAUGCUGUACAAUAUAAUUUAUCUGAAGUAAAUACCGAAUAUGAAGAUACUCAAAAAACCCAACGAAAAUCUAGAGCCAGAAAAAAAAUAUCUUCUAGUAGUGAGGAUGAAACAAAUUGUAACAACACAUUGAUUGAUGACUAUCCAACUCCUCCAAUGAUACAACAAAUCGGCAAAAAAUUACGGUCAAAAAAAUUGAAACAUAGUGAAACAUCUGAGAUUUCCAGCAAUCUGGUCCAAAUUCAAAAAUCAAAAUUGAUUCAGGACACUGUAUAUAGAUCUUUUAAAAAUUAUGGCACCUUUUUAAACAAAUCUUCGCAUGAGGAUGAUCCUGAUAUGUUUUCAGAAGCUAUAGUCCAAACUCCAAAUAAACUACAAAACAUGUUUUCAACUCCUACAAAAUCAAUUCAAAGAUCUUAUUCUAAAGAAAAUUCAAAAUUGAUUCAUGAUACUGUAUGUGGAUCUUUUAAAAAUCAAGGUACCUCUUUAAACAAAUCUUUGCAUGAGGAUGAUCCUGAUAUGUUUUCGGAAGCUAUAGUCCAAACUCCAAAUAAACUACAAAACAUGUUUUCAACUCCUACAAAAUCAAUUCAAAGAUCUUAUUCUAAAGAAAAUUCAAAAUUGAUUCAUGAUACUGUAUGUGGAUCUUUUAAAAAUCAAGGUACCUCUUUAAACAAAUCUUUGCAUGAGGAUGAUCCUGAUAUGUUUUCGGAAGCUAUAGUCCAAACUCCAAAUAAACUACAAAACAUGUUUUCAACUCCUACAAAAUCAAUACAAAGAUCUUAUUCUAAAGAAAAUUCAAAAUUGAUUCAUGAUACUGUACAUGGAUCUUUUAAAAAUCAAGGUACCUCUUUAAACAAAUCUUUGCAUGAGGAUGAUCCUGAUAUGUUUUCGGAAGCUAUAGUCCAAACUCCAAAUAAACUACAAAACAUGUUUUCAACUCCUACAAAAUCAAUACAAAGAUCUUAUUCUAAAGAACAUUCAAAAUUGAUUCAUGAUACUGUACAUGGAUCUUUUAAAAAUCAAGUUUUAUUUCCAGGCACCUCUUUAAACAAAUCUUCACAGAAGGACAAUGCUGAGAUGUUUUUAGAAGCUAUAGUAAAUUCUCCAAAUGAACUACAAGUCCAAAAUGAAUUUCAUCCAAAUUCAAAAUUUGAAAAUAAAAUUAACAGCUCUUCUCAAAAGCGCAAGAAUAAUUCAACUCCAUCUUACUCAAAUGAGAUGUUCAGAUCUUCGCAAACUGAAAUGAAUUUUGAAUGUUGGAUGUCUAAAUCAUUAAACCAUAUUCUGCGUUCAAAUGCUCAUUUAAAAAUGCAAAAUUGUAUGAUAUUAGAAAAUCAGAAAGAAAUUAUAGCUCAUCUAACGAGUAUUAAAUCAACAGAUUUAUUUGAACCAAUACCUGAACAGUUUUCCAUGCAGUUUUCUGAAUACUUUCCAUUGCCUAAUAAAGAAAAAGUUAUGGAAGUUGAAGAAAAAUUACUUAAUAAUGAUUUUAAAAUGAAUUUUAUAAAACGAAUUAAAACAUUUGGAGGAGUAGACAUAUCACAUUUUAUAAAGAGCUGCUUACAAAAAUUAUUUUCGACCGAGUUAUCUACACAAAUAUCAUUUACUGGGAAAGCAUUUAAAAAAUGUUCCUCUCCGAAGUUGGCUUUAAUCAAACUUAAACUGUUUCAAAUAAUAUGUGAUGUUGGAAGAACCUGUUACCCAAAUUAUACAGAUGAUAUUGUUCAAAAAUCUGUAACUGGUUGGUUACGUCACUCAACCGAUAGACUACAAAGUCUGAUUCAAAAACAAUUAGAAAAUAAUAUGGAUUAAAAAUUUACUUUUAAA